CAAAGCGUUGGAAACAGAAAGGGGAGCGGGGGGGGAGGGGGGGAAUAAUAAUAAAUAAAUGAAGCGGAGAUGAUUUUUAGUUCCUCGGAGGGAUUUCCCCUUCUUUUCACGACACGCGGACGGGGCCGCUCCGCACCGCGGCGUUCCGGUUCCCCCCCAACUCCCCCCCCGGGGCGGUGGGUGCGCACGGGUGGGUUCCUCGCGGCGGCGUUGGGGGGAGAAUCGCUGUUGGUUUCGGGAUGGAAUCCCGCGGCCCUCCCUCUUCCAACCCCCCCCUCCCCCCCACGGCGGUGCCGGGAACAAAAGGAGCGGUGCGGGAGGCCGCGUGCAGCCCCGCGUGUUUCCCCCCCCUCUCGGUCGGAUGAACCGCAGGGACGGCCCUCGUGGGGAAGCCUCCAACCGGGACCGGGCCACGCGUGCGGGAGUUCCUGCGGGGGGGGGCUGGUAGGGGGGGAUCCCUUCCCUCCCCGAUGCGGAGGGGCCGUGGGAAGGGUGGAUGGGGCCGCUGCUCUGCGCUGCCAGUGGGGUUCACCCCUACUUUUCCCCCCGGGGGAAUGUUUGGGGCAAGGAGGACUCGAGAUGCUUCUCUCUGCUUCCACGGGGGUUUUGCUCUGCCUGUUGCUCCAUCUCUCCCUACUUUUAUGCAGCCCCAGAAAGGGGUGAAGGCAUCCCCCAGCCCUGCACAGGGCUCUCCUAUUUGUGACAAACCGCAAAAUAAUCCGCAUCCCAUCCCUCGUGGCACUGAGACCUCCACCCAUGGGCACAGAGAUGCCACCUCCCCUUCCCCCCCAUGUCAUGCCCCCACUGGGGCGAUGGGCUCUGGACCCUCUCCUUUCUGCCCCACUCCUUGCUCAGUGCCCCAUGGCUGCGGUGCUGAGCUUCAGUCCCAGAGAGCACAGCUCCUUGUGGGCCUUUGGGAUGCGGGGAUGAGAGGGGCGCAGCAGCACCUGCAGCUGUGCUGGGAUGGAUGGGGGGGUGGUAGGCUGUGGGGUGGGAUACGAGGCACAGGAUUUUGCAGCGCUUACUCACACCCCUCCUCUCUCCCUGCUCUCAGACAGGUCCGGGGGGCGAUCCGGUUGAUGGCCCCAGAAGAGGCCCAAUGGAAGAAGGGCUGAUCGACUAUGGCGGCGAGAGGACGCUGAGCGAGGGCGGCCGGCUGGGCCUGGCCGCUGGGGGCCGGCCGCAGGCGGGGGGCAGCACGCUGAUGGAGCCCAGCGGGUGGCUGCCCGGCCCCCCCGCCGGCCCUGCACGCCUGGAGGACGCCCGCAACCUGGUGGCCUUCUCGGCAGUGGCCGAAGCGGUGUCUUCCUACCGGCUGCCCGCCCCGGCUUCGCCCUCGCUGCUCUACAAGAAGUUUGACACCGAGAUGAGCCGGGGAGGGCUGGCGCCGCGGGACGGCGUGCCAAGGGGGGAGGACCUGCACGCCCUCAAGGCCGCCCUCGCCCUGGCCAAGCAUGGCAUGAAGCCCCCCAACUGCAACUGCGACGGCCCUGAGUGCCCCGACUACCUGGAGUGGCUGGAGCAGAAGAUCCAGGUGGCCCUGGGAGAGGCCCCGCUGCCCCACGCCCCGCCGCCCCCCGACAAAGGUGCUAUCGCUCCCCCUGCGGUGCUGGAGGCUGCCGAGCCGUGCCCAUCGGACGGCCUCCCCUUUUCCCAAAGUGCACUGAACAUUGCCAAGGAGAAGAACAUCAGCCUGCAGACAGCCAUCGCCAUCGAGGCACUGACGCAGCUCUCGGCCACGCUCCCUCAACCUGGUGCUGAUGGGCCGCCCCCCCCUCCGCCACCGCCGCCGCCGCCCCCCCCGGUGCCCCCUGCCCCCCCGGAGCCAUCCAUCAACGUGGUGCCUCCGUCCGGGACCACCGACCCCAUGGCGGAGCUGGAGCAGCUCCUGGGCAGCACCGAAUACAUCGCUGUGGCCUUCAAGCGGCCCGAGGCCGGCAGAGCCCCCCCUGCAGCAGCCCCGAAGCCCCCGGAUCGGACGCCGGGCAAGGAGACGGCGAGCAGCCCCCGUGUGCUGCAGGAGCCUGACCUGCACAGGAAGACGCAGCUGGUCCUGCAGCAGCACCUGCACCACAAGCGCAGCCUUUUCCUCGAGCAGAGCCUCUCCGCGACCCCCCCGGAGCGCCCGCCUGGCUGGUGGACCCCCAGCACGCCCAAGACCUUUGAGAAGCAGGCCAAGGAGAAGAAGAAAAGGAUUCAGCCAGACAAGCCAGCCCGCAAGCAGGUGCAGAUCAAGAAGCCCAAGCAGAAGGAUUCACAGCCGCUCUUCCUGCCCUUCUGGCAGAUCAGCCUGGACGGGCUGCGGACCCCCGCCGAGCCCCCCGCUGCAGCGCCGCAGCCCGAGCCCCCGCCGCCCACCCCGCGCCCGCCCACCGCUCCCGACUCUCAGGAAAGGGGUACCCCUGGGGGGGACACCCACAGCCACCCACUGGCGCCGGGCCCAGAGGGAGCGCCGCCCGCCGUGGUGGAUGACAAGCUGGAGGAGCUUAUCCGGCAGUUCGAGGCCGAAUUCGGGGACACCUUCAGCCUGCCGCCCACCGGGACCACCGCGCUGCCAGAGGGGCAGCCGCCAGCCCCGCAGGUGCCCCCCACUGCCGCCAGCACCGCCGCCGUGACCCCCAGCAGUGCCGCCCCUGGGGGCUCCGUGCUGUCACCGGGGAAGGGACCUCCUCCAGAGCAUCUCUUCUCCGUGCGCUCCCCCAAGCAGAUCAAAAUUGAGUCCUCUGGUGCUAUCACCGUGGUGUCCACCACGUGCUUUUACUCCGAGGAGAGCCAGAACGCCGACGAGGCGGAGGGGACGCCCACCAAGGAUGAGGUGCCGCUGACCCCCACCCUCAGCGGGUUCCUGGAGUCGCCUCUCAAAUACCUGGACACGCCGACCAAGAGCCUGCUGGACACCCCCGCCAAGCGCGCGCAGGCCGAGUUCCCCACCUGCGACUGUGUGGAGCAAAUCGUGGAGAAGGACGAGGGGCCGUACUACACCCACCUGGGCUCGGGGCCCACCGUGGCAUCCAUCCGGGAGCUGAUGGAGGAGCGGUACGGCGAGAAGGGCAAAGCCAUCCGCAUUGAGAAGGUCAUCUACACUGGGAAGGAGGGGAAGAGCUCCCGGGGCUGCCCCAUCGCCAAGUGGGUGAUCCGGAGACACAACCAAGAGGAGAAGCUGCUAUGCCUGGUGCGUCACCGAGCUGGCCACCACUGCCAGAACGCUGUCAUCAUCAUCCUGAUCCUGGCCUGGGAGGGCAUCCCCCGCACGCUGGGCGACACGCUGUACCAGGAGCUCACUGACACCCUCACCAAGUACGGCAACCCCACCAGCCGCCGCUGCGGCUUGAAUGACGACCGGACUUGUGCGUGCCAAGGCAAGGACCCCAACACCUGCGGCGCUUCCUUCUCCUUCGGCUGCUCUUGGAGCAUGUAUUUUAAUGGCUGCAAGUAUGCCCGAAGCAAAACUCCACGGAAGUUCAGGCUGGUGGGGGACAAUCCUAAGGAGGAAGAACUGCUCCGGAAAAGCUUUCAGGACUUGGCCACUGAGGUUGCUCCGCUUUACAAGAGGCUGGCACCACAGGCCUACCAGAAUCAGGUUACCAACGAGGAUAUCGCAAUAGACUGCCGGCUGGGCUUGAAGGAGGGGAGGCCGUUUUCAGGGGUGACAGCGUGCAUGGACUUCUGUGCUCAUGCUCACAAAGAUCAGCAUAACCUCUACAAUGGCUGCACAGUGGUCUGCACGCUGACAAAGGAAGACAAUCGCGUGGUGGGGAAGAUCCCCGAAGAUGAGCAGCUGCACGUCCUCCCCCUCUACAAGAUGUCCAGCACGGAUGAGUUUGGCAGCGAGGAGAACCAAAACGCGAAGGUGGGCAGCGGGGCCAUCCAGGUGCUCACAUCUUUCCCCCGUGAGGUGCGUAAGCUGCCCGAGCCCGCCAAGUCCUGUCGGCAGAGACAGCUGGAGGCAAAGAAAGCUGCAGCGGAGAAGAAGAAACUGCAGAAGGAGAAGCUGAUGACACCAGAGAAGAUCAAGCAGGAAGCGCUCGAACUUCCUACACUCCAACAAAAUGCAGGUAUGGCGUUGAAAAGUGGGCUCUCCCCACAGCCGCUGAAACCUUCCAUCAAAGUGGAGCCGCAGAGCCAUUACAACGCCUUCAAGUACAACGGCAAUGCGGUGGUGGAGAGCUACUCGGUGCUGGGCAGCUGCCGGCCCUCCGACCCUUACAGCAUGAACAGUGUUUACUCUUACCAUUCCUACUAUGCACAGCCCAAUCUGCCUUCCGUGAACGGGUUUCAUUCCAAGUUCACGCUGCCCUCCUUUGGGUAUUACGGUUUUUCCAACAACCACAUGUUCCCCUCGCAGUUUCUGAAUUAUGGGGUGCCCGAGAGGGGUGAGAGCUGGGUGAGCAACAGCUACGAGAAGAAGCCCAACAUUCAGGUGCUGCAGGAGAACCUCAACCAUACCUACAGGAACACGGAUUUCCCCGAGCCCAUCCCACACAGCGUCCGGAGCAAAAACCAUCACCAGCGCACCUACGAGCGGGCCAGCCGCUAUGCCAGCCAGCAGAAGGCGGCUGCGGCCGGGGUGCACAGGACUAGCACAGGCUCGGAGGAGGCAUCACCGUUUGCACAGAACUGUUUCGGCAGCAGGGCCAUCAAGCAGGAGCCCCCAGACCCCCCGCCCAGCAUCGAGCCCCUAAACAAUCCUGCAGCUGCCAUGCCCGGCACCGGUCUGGCUCUACCCGCUGUCCCCGUACCGGAGCAGCAGUGGAGUCCUUACAAAGCAUCAUCCCGAGGUUCGUCUUCACCUGAGCGGACUAGUGCGGCUGAGAGCUCGUGGAGCAGCCUGGUGCCAGGAGCUGGAGGACGGGAGAAGCUGAGCGCCUUCGACGCUGCCGUGCGCCUGCCUCUGCCAGAGAAGCAGUGGCCCAAUGUCCUGGCAGAAGAAGCGUCGUCGUCAUGCAGUUCCAGCUUGCUGCCAAAGCCGUGGAGCCCCUGCAAGCUGGGGGAGACGGUGCUGGGCGGUGCGGGUACCCCGACCCUGCGGGACAAGGGCUGGGAGUUGGGACCGCUGGGCUUCGGCUCGGCCCUGCCGGAGCUGCCUGUGUUCUCCGAAGAGCCGUGGGGUUCUGGCAAGGCGGAGGGGCGGAGGACACCGGCACCCGUGGCGGGGCUGCCUGAAAAGCCGUGGGAGGCAGCGGUGCGUGAGAAGGGGGCGGCAGGGGUCCGUCAGGAGAAGCCGUGGGAUCCCUUUGGGCUGGAGGAGGGCGUCGAGGAGGCAUCAGUGAAGGCGGUGAAGGAGGAGGAGGAGGAGGAGGAAGAAGAGGAGGAGGAGGAGUGGUCGGACAGCGAGCACAACUUCCUGGACGAGAACAUUGGCGGCGUGGCCGUGGCGCCCGCGCACGGCUCCAUCCUCAUCGAGUGCGCCCGCCGCGAGCUGCACGCCACCACCCCGCUGAAGAAACCCAACCGCUGCCACCCCACCCGCAUCUCCCUGGUCUUCUACCAACACAAGAACUUGAACCAGCCCAACCACGGCCUGGCGCUGUGGGAGGCCAAGAUGAAGCAGCUGGCGGAGCGCGCCCGUGCUCGGCAGGAGGAGGCGGCGCGCCUGGGGCUGCAGCAGGACGCCAAGGCCUUCGCCAAGAAGCGCAAAUGGGGCGGCGCGCUGGCGGCCGAGGCGGCUACCAAGGAGCGGAGGAACGCGGUCCCCACGCGGCAGGCGGUGGCCAUCCCCACCAACUCUGCCAUCACUGUGUCCUCCUACGCGUACACCAAGGUGACGGGGCCCUACAGCCGCUGGGUCUGAGGCGGAGGCGGCCGCCGCAGCCCUUCUUACCUCAAAGUCGGCAGCACUGGAGUCCCGGUGCUGCUUCGUGGUGCUUUCUCCUCGGGCAUGGGGGAGAAGAAAAAAAAAAAAAAA